GCAAUCGUCAACCAGGCAGGAAUGUUUGAUCCAUAAUUCUCUGCCUGGAACGGGAAAUUCUUGCGCUAAAGUAACGUGCAGCUAACUAUACUGCGACACUUUUAUUCAUUUGAGACGACCACAUUUUUUUAAAACCAGAAAGUGCACAGUGAAACAAAAUAUGUCGGAACGUUUGGCAGGAGCUUCGUUUUCCUUGCUGAAAUAUGAUAAUCCCGUGCUAUUUCGGGAGUCUAGUGACGCCACCAAGAAGAAGACUAGCGAAUUACCUCAGUUACAAACAGCCACUGGACCAAAUGGCGGAAGUACCAGUCGAUCCGUCACUACCACUUCGGGUCCGGUUCCAGAUCCGCCCUCGCCGCCGGGUGGAGGCAAGAAUCGCGAUAUUAUUCGACGUGAAGCGCAAGAUGCCAUCAACGCAAUUCUUCCUCCCAAGGAAUGGACCGAAGACGACCAGAUAUGGCGCCAGCUGGUCUCGAGUACGCCGGCCACGCGACUUGACGUCCUCGCUCUGCAGGAACAGCUGGACUCGAGGCUCAAACAGCGGCAGGCACGUGAAAUUGGUAUCUGCCCCAUCAGAAGAGAACUCUACUCCCAAUGUUUCGACGAACUCAUCCGCCAAGUAACGGUUAGCUGCUCUGAAAGAGGAUUCCUCCUGGCUAGGGUCCGAGACGAACUCAACUUGACACUGUUGUCGUACCAGACCUUGUACGAAAGCAGUCUGGCCUUCGGUGUGCGCAAAGCAUUACAAGCGGAGAUCGGACGAGGUGAAAUGGAGGAACAAAUCGAACAGCUAAAGCACGUUGAACAGCAGCUUGAAUGUCAAAAGACGGAGCUUAAGGUCGAACUUGAGCGCAACGCGAAGCGAGCUCAAGAGGACAUGGAAUCACUCAAACAACAGCACGCGCAAGAAGUAGAAUCUUUACAACAAUCCAACAAACAACUCAAGGAACUUUUGGAAGGUGUCCUUACGGGAAACAAAUAAUAAUGGACCAUUUCGAAAAAAGCUAAAAACAUUGCAUAAUAUUUUUUUUUCCGUAUUAAAUACACUUUGAGCAAUGUGAAAUUUCGGCAAUAGAAAUAAACGAA